CCAUUUGCCAGUGUUUGUAAGAUGAUGACAGGGCAAGAACAAUCAUAUCCUUUUUUGAGACCGGGCUGCGAGGUUAUCAAGCAUGGAUAUAAUAGCCACAGUAAUGCUAUUUAUAAUUCUAAUAACAACGUCGGCGAACAUCGUAAGCUGCGAAGAAGAAGACGGACUCAAUAGGCCUACUCAUUGCCCACUAGGGCAAUAUUACGCAAUGGCUAUAAAGCAAUGCCGUUCAUGCGUAUACCCCUGCAGAAUUGACAGAAAAGCCUGCCGUGCCAUGGGAUGUGCUGAUUACGAAGCAACAACCGCAGCAAGUACCAGAAGCAACAGUGAGGCAGUACAUGUAAAUGAUGUCAACGUCGAUGAACAUCCUAUGCGGCAGAGACGAAAACGUCGUAAAGUGCGUUGCGAACUGGGGGAAUUUUAUGAUGUAGCCAUAGAGCAGUGUCGGUCCUGCAGUAUCCCUUGCAGCCUCAGUAGUAGAGUUUGCCAUGAAAUGGGGUGUGAUGAUUACGAAGCAAAAACCGCAGCAAGUACCAGAAGCAACAGUGAGGCAGUACAUGUAAAUGAUGUCAACGUCGAUGAACUUCCUAUGCGGCAGAGACGAAAACGACGCAAAGGGCGUUGCGAACGAGGGGAAUAUUAUUCAGCACUCAUAGAGCAGUGUCGGUCAUGCAGUAUCCCUUGCAGCCUCAGUAGUAGAGUUUGCCUCGUCAUGGGGUGUGAUGGUUACAAAAGUUACCAAACAACGACCACCUUAGCCAGUACCAGUAGCAGCACUGAGGUUGGAACAAUGUUAGCAAGUUCCAAAAGCAGCGCCGAGGUUGGAAUAAUGGCAAGGAAUAAUGAGUUCAUGUACAUAAUCGGUGGGACUGGUGGGGCGUCAGUGCUGUUGUUUUGCGUUGUUAUCAUUCUCGCAAUCUGGCUGAUACGGCUUUCUAGAGAAAAGAAAUCAAAGCGUGAGAAAUACAUGCGUGUGAGUUACUUAAACGAAAAGUCCGAAAAGGAGGAAAAGAGUUUACUGAAGAGUAAUGAACAGUCAACUCGGAGCUGCUUAAGGGACACUACGACUGUCAGUGUGGAGGAAACGGAUGAAACAAACAUGUCAGUAAAGAACGCUGGCAGUGACGUCGAAGCAACCGAUGGCUCUCUAGUAUAACCGAGCUCCCUAACCUCUCGAAGACUGCAGCCUCCACAGAGGGUACAAACCUCAUCUGCCAAUACGACUGCGGUACAACAUAAUUCAGAUGUGUUCAUUUAAUUUGAUAAUCACAUGAGAUGCUAAAACCAUAGAAUAAUUGAUGGAGUGGAAGAAGUUGUGAUGUGAUUCCAACUUUGCGGAAAUACGUCCGUUUUUAAUUGUUGAUCACAAAUGUAAAGCUCAAAUUUUCCAUUUUUGAUUAUAUUUAUUAUAAAAUCGCUGAAUGUAAACCACCGCGACCCCGAAAAUGUUCAUGUUAUAUAUAUAUAUGAAUGAUGCUUAUAUAGCGCAGUAUCCAGACAAUUGUCCGCUCAAUGCGCUUUACAAUUGAAAAGCCCAACUCAUCCAAAGGCCUCCCGAAAGAGGUGGGUUUUCAGAAGGACUCUGAAUGAGCUAAGGUUGUCGCACAAUCCCAGUCGCUCGGGUAGACCAUUCCAGAGCUGUGGGGCUGCGAGAGAGAAAGCCCGGUCACCGUAUGAUGGUACAACCGGCUUUGGACUCACCCGCAGCCUGACACACCCCCGCGAUCGCAGGUCAAACGAGUGAGACUGCGCGACAAUGAGCUCGGAAAUAUAAGAUGGAACCAGUCCAUAGAUUGCUGUGACGUCAUCAACGAAAACGGCAUCGAAGCGAGCCGUCCGGGGGGGAUUAAACCAUCAAUUUCUAGAAAAUGUGCAUUUCGAUUCGAAAACCUUACCGAUUUAUGAGAAAGUGACGUAGUCAUUUGUCAAAAACAGCUAAAACAUUAUAUGGUAAAAUUUGACACGAGUUACCCACUUUUGGCAUUUAAAAAAGACAUGUAGAUUUUGUUGUUGUUGUUGUUGUGGUCAUAAUUUCGUCUGUACAUACAAGUGUUGUGAACUGGUGUAAAUAAAUUAUCUGCUAUCAUCUUAAUGCAAUGAAAUAAAAUAAAGUCCUUUUUUACAUCGUCGAAAUUAGGUUAAAAGUGGUGCUUUUAUUUGUAAUAGUUGUAAAAAUGAGGAAAAUACUAUGUAUACUAUGUACUAUUCCGUCCAAAAUAAGCCAUUUAAAAUAUUGUACAUAAUUGGUUUUUUAAACCUGGUUCUGAAGGAGUCCAUAAAGACUAUUUGUAAACACUAUGUUUUAUUCAUUUAAAAGUUACAAGUAGUUAUUGAAUUUAUGUGUAAGAGUACUAUGUUUUACGAACGAAAUUAGCGGAAGAAAACCUAAGGAAAAGAUAUCUUAUAAUAUAUAGAGGUAAUAUUAUUUAGUGUUAUCUUAUUGCGUUGAAAUAAAA